AUGCCCCCGAAACUCAGCGGCUCCAAGAAUGACAAGAAGAAGGACAAAAGCGGCGGGAAGAAGCCGGAGGACAAGGAACCGGAGGCGUGGGACCAGAUCGAGAUCCCGAAGGGCGCCUACCUGGAAGGGCUGAAGAUCCGCGAUGCGCGCCAACGGGACAAGACCUACCUGAAGAUGGCGCAGGCGGCGGCCAUGCUUCGUGAACAAGCCACUUGCGUGGGCAAUCAGGUCACCCAGACCGGUGGCGGCACCACGCUCGCCAACACUGUCGUCGCCCAGCGUGCCGACGACGGCUUCGGAUCGCUGAUGGAGUCUUUCCUCCGCGAUCUCGACGCUGAUGAGAAGAUGUGUCGGCCCACCGAAGAAGUUCAGAACUUUCGCCCGCACAAGCUGCCGAAGAUUUGGGCCGAGUAUGCCCGGGCGCGUCUGGUGUACGGUGACCGUGUGAUGCCCAACUGGGAGAAGACGUGCGCCCCCGACCGCAUGGUCAAGCCGGAUGCCGCCGAGGAGCUGCCGAAAGACUCUGGCGGCCCGCCGCUGCACAACGACGGCCCGGCCGACUGGGAGAUGGCGAUCGACGACAUCACCGACCAGACGCCGUUCUGGAAC